AUGCAAGUCAAAACGAUUGUAUAUUUAUAUAAGUACAGACGUAAAAGCUUUCUUUCUCUCUGUCUCCCUCUCUCUCCCCUUAUGUCUCCAUUUCCACCUCUCUCUAUCCCUAUGCCUCCAUUUCCCCCUCUCUCUAUCCCUAUGUCUCUAUUCCCCUCUUUCUAUCCCUAUGUCUCCAUUUCCCCCUCUCUCUAUCCCUGUCUCAGUUUUCCCCUCUUUCUAUCCCUGUCUCCAUUUCCCCCUCUCUCUAUCCCUGUCUCCAUUUUCCCCUCUUUCUAUCCCUAUGUCUACAUUUCCCCUCUCUCUAUCCCCAUGUCUCCAUUUCCCCCUUUCUCUAUCCCCAUGUCUCCAUUUUCCCCUCUCUCUCUAUCCCCAUGUCUCCAUUUUCCCUCUCUCUAUCCCUAUGUCUCCAUUUUCCCCUCUCUCUAUCCCAAUGUCUCCAUUUCCCCUCUCUCUAUCCCCAUGUCUCCAUUUUCCCCUCUCUCUAUCCCUAUGUCUCCAUUUUCCCCUCUCUAUCCCCAUGUCUCCAUUUUCCCUCUCUAUCCCUAUGUCUCCACUUUCCCCUCUCUAUCCCUAUGUCUCCAUUUCCCCUUUCUCUAUCCCAAUGUCUCCAUUUCCCCUCUCUCUAUCCCCAUGUCUACAUUUCCCUUUUCUCUAUCCCUAUGUCUCCAUUUCCCCCUCUCUCUAUCCCUAUGUCUCCAUUUUCCCCUUUCUCUAUCCCUAUGUCUCCAUUUUCCCCUCUCUCUAUCCCUAUGUCUCCAUUUCCCCCUUUCUCUAUCCCAAUGUCUCCAUUUCCCCCUCUCUCUAUCCCUAUCUGUAAAGAACUGGGCUUUUGGAUGCGGAUUACUGAGGAUUGAUCGAUAUGAUUUUCUUUUCUGUACCCUAAAACGAUAG